AUGGCAUCCCAAAACCUUCUUUUCUCCACCGACCUCAUCUCCCCCGAAGUUCAAAAGGCAUUACCUCCUGGAUAUAAACUUCGUCCGUUGUCAAGUGAUGAUUAUGAACAUGGUUUUUUGAAGGUUCUGUCGGUGUUGACUGUUAUAGGGGAUAUUUCUAAAGCGCAAUUCCUUGAGCGUUAUAACUAUCUAAAGAAACACAAUCACGAAUAUUUCACUAUCGUGAUCACCGACCCGUCUGAUACAAUUAUUGGGGCGGGAACGAUUUUUGUCGAGCGAAAGUUUAUCCAUAAUACUGGUCUGGUUGGUCACAUCGAGGAUAUUGCUGUUGAUAAGAAUCAGCAAGGGAAAAAGCUUGGUUUAAGAGUUAUUCAAGCGUUGAAAUAUAUAGGUGCAAAAACUGGUUGUUACAAAGUUAUUCUAGAUUGUUCCGAAGAGGUAAGAGAUUUAGAGAUUCAACCUGGAAAGUACGACAAAUUAUUUCACAAUGUGCCAUUCUAUGAAAAAUGCGGCUUUACACGUAAAGAAGUAGAAAUGGCAUGGUACACGGAUGAGACGGCCCAAGCUAAAUUAUAA